UAUUGGGGAAGUCUUACACGGAGGUGCGUGACACUCACGAUCAUGAACUCACGGACUUGCAGAUCCCGCUUAUCUUGCUCCUUAUCAACGGCAGUCAGUGGGCAGCAUAUUCGACUUUGCUACCUUUUUCCAUCUGAGGUGAAUCGCACACACCGAGCUGCCUGGUCUGACCGCGCAGACGGGCGUUCUCGGGAUUUCUUGGAGACAUGGCUGCUCUCGUCGAGAUGAUCACCAGGGUUCAUCGGCUAUUCUUUGAUCCGACACUGCUUGGAUCGUUUGUAGACAACCAUGACUUCGAGCGGCUCGCUGGUAUGGUCAACGAUCAGGUCAUUGUGAAGAAUGCUGCGGUGUAUCCGUUCGUGAACGACGGCAUACCUUUCAUGUAUUCCGGACAGGAGCAUGGCCUACGAGGAGGUAAAGAUCCCAUGAAUCGGGAGGCUAUCUGGCUGGAAGGUUAUCCUGAAAACACGCCUCUCUAUCACCUCUUCCGGUCCCUCAAUGCUGCUCGGAGAGCUGCAAUCGCUUCAAAUCCGCUAUUCCUCACCACUCUCAUGAGUGCAAGGCAGAUCGACAACCACACUGUGUCCAUUACGAAACCGCCGCUACUCUCCACCCUCAGUAACUAUGGGUCCGGAUCGACCGCCAUUCCGAUCUAUCUUUCUCCGCUUCAAACAGGAUACAAGCCCCUCCUACCAGUCAUCGAUACUAUAUCGGGGCAAAUUUUCAGUACCGACCCGCGCGGAGGCUUGACGAUCGCCAUUGUCAGAGGCGAGCCAAGAGUCUUCUUGCCCCUCUGUGUGCAUCUUGGUCAAGCCGAAGGGGUUACAAGCUGGGCCUCAAUGCCCUUGUCCGUAGAUACCAACAUCAUAUCGAAGCGACCAACUCUGGGCAGUCCGAGCAGUCCGAAGGCCAAAAGGGGCACGAGCAUGACCAACCUCUUUUCUUGGUUGGGACAUGGAAAGGGCGGCUCGAGCAUGGCUCUAGCAUGCUCUAGCUUGUUUAUGAAAUCGCGCCAGACGCUGAAAGAUUGGACUGUAACACAUCGGCUCGAUCUGUAGUUUCCUUCGGUCAUCACCUGUAAUGCUUCUCAUAGCCUAGACAAACACCAUCGAUCCAUGGACAAUGUGAUGUUGU